AUAAUCAGCUGAGCCUGCAGCGGCCGCUGUUGACAUGCGCCCUCUCGCGUGGCGAUUCUGCACCCCCACCUUCGUGAACCAAGGAAUCAACCCUCCCGGCGCGCGCGGGGCCCUCCCCCUUGGCCGCGGCAUUGUGGGAGAGGCACGUUGCGGCGCCAUGGCGGCUGGAGGCCGGAGAAAACUGGCAGAGCUGAGCGUUGAUGAAUUUUUAACUUCCGGAUUUGAGUCAGAAGUUGAUGGUGACUCAGAAGAGGAGACAUCAGAGCUUGUGGAAGAGCCUGCUAAUGGGAAACAAAGCCAGAAUGGGCUGGCAGGAGGAAAGAAGAAGGAGCCACUCCAAGUUAAAACUGCAGAAAAGAAAGUGAAGAAGGGAAAGGCAACCGAGCACAAAGACCAACUCUCGCGGCUGAAGGAACGAGAUCCUGAAUUUUACAAGUUCUUGCAAGAAAAUGACCGCUCCCUGCUGAACUUUGAUGACUCCGAUGGCUCUGAUGAGGAGGAGAGGGGGCUGCACAUGCUGCCUGAAACGCUCGAGGAAGCAAGUGACGACGAGGAGGAGGAGGAAACGGUCAAGCGGAAGAAAGCUGACUUUAUCACCGUGACCUUGAAGAUGGUGGAACAAUGGAAACUGGCUGCAGAGAAGCAACUAACACCGAGGCUCUUCCAUGAGAUCACCCAGGCCUUUAAAGCAUCUGUGGCAACUACCAAAGGAGAUGACGGUGGGGCCGACCCCAGCAAAUUCAAAGUCACGGACAGUGCCGUAUUCAAUGCCCUGGUGUCCUUCUGCAUUCGGGAUCUCUUUGGCUGCCUGCAGAAACUGCUUCAGGUGAAGGUGCUGAAAGACAAAUCAAAGAUGGUGCUGCCCUCUACCAGCCCACUCUGGGGCAAGCUGAGGCUGGACGUCAAGAUGUACCUUAGCUGCACCAUCCAGCUCCUGUCUUGUUUAACGGAAGCUUCUGUCGGAGCUGCUGUCCUUCACCACGUCAAUGCCAUAGUCCCUUAUUUCUUGUCAUUCCCAAAGCAGUGCCGCAUGCUGCUCAAGCAAGCCAUCCGUCUGUGGAGCACAGGGGAAGAAACGGUGAGAGUGCUGGCCUUCCUGGUACUGAACAAGAUCUGCCGCCAUAAAAAGGAGCUGUACCUGAACCCCGUGCUCAAGCAAAUGUACAUCUCCUACGUGAAGAACUCCAGAUUCACCUCCCCCAACGUCCUCCCCAUGAUCAACUUCAUGCAGCGCACCCUGACGGAGAUGUACGCCCUGGACACGCAGGUGUCCUACCAGCACGCCUUCAUCUACAUUCGCCAGCUUGCCAUUCACCUGCGCAGCGCCAUGACCCUGAAGAAGAAGGAGAACUACCAGUCUGUUUACAACUGGCAGUACAUCCACUGCCUGUACUUCUGGUGUCGGGUCCUGAGCACCAUCUACCCCAGUGAGAUCUUGGCGCCGUUAAUUUACCCUCUGACCCAGGUCAUCAUUGGCUGCAUUAAGUUGGUGCCCACGGCUCGUUUCUACCCCUUGCGGAUGCACUGCAUCAGGGCCCUCACGCUGCUCUCAGAGAACACCCGGACCUUCAUGCCGGUUCUGCCCUUCAUCCUGGAGAUUUUCCAGCAAGUGGAUUUCAAUAAGAAGCCAGGCCGCAUGAGUGCCAAGCCCAUUAACUUUGCAGUCAUCUUGAAGCUGUCCAAUGCUAACCUGCAGGAGAAGGCUUUCCGGGAUGGUCUCAUCGAGCAGCUAUAUGACCUGACGCUCGAAUAUCUCCAUGGCCAAGCCCACAGCAUUGGAUUCCCAGAGCUGACCCUGCCAAUUGUCAUUCAACUCAAAUCUUUCCUGAAGGAAUGCAAGAUAGCCAACUACUGCAAAGCAAUCCGGCAGCUCCUGGAGAAGUUGCAGGAAAAUUCUGCCUACGUCGCCAGUAGGCGUCAGAAAGCCACCUUCGGCGUGGCCAGCAGGGAGGCUGUGGAACAAUGGGAGAAGCAGGUCAAGGAGGAGGGGACGCCUCUGACCAAGUAUUACACUCAAUGGAAGAAGCUGCGGGAGAAAGAGAUCCAGCUGGAAAUCAGCGGCAAGGAAAGGCUCGAUGACUUGAACCUCCCAGAAAUCAAACGGAAGCGGCUGGAGGACAGGAAGGAGGAUGACAAGAAAGAAUUCAAGGAUAUCUUUGAGCUGGACAGCGACUCUGACGGAGAGAGUGGUGGAUUCUCUGUGCAAGGAAAAUCAAAGGCCAAGAAAGCGCAGCGAUCCGCGGGGAGCCCAGCUGGGGCGUCGGACAUGAGUGAGGAUGACGACGAAGAGGGCACAUAUGAAAUCGAGGAGCAAGAGGAAGAGGAAGCCAGCGACUCAGAGGGGGGAGCUGAGGAGGGGCCCUCCACCUCGGAGGGGACCCAGAAGCGGCUGGCCUAUGCCAGGCGGCUGUCCUUGGCCGACCUCGAGCUGCUGGCCCAAGGGGAGGAGGACAUCGUGGAGGACCUUGAUGACAGUUACUUUGACGACCUAGCUGGCGACUAAAGACUCUGCAAAUGCUCUGCGCUCCCACCCUCUGUGCCUAGGAGGGCGAGCUUGUGCCCUCGCCGACCAUCAAAGCUGGUCGUGAUGCGAAGUAGGCCGAGGGGAAGCCUCGAGUGAUCCCAAAGGAGGAGGUAGGAGCAGCAUGAGAUGGGCAGCCCUAGCGGGGCGGAAUUUCUUACGGAUACAGCAGAGACGCUGCCUGGACCUUUUCCCCCAGAGUUACAUUUGUGGGAAUGCAGUGAAAUGUGUGGUCACAUCAGGACCAGUACAACUGCUCAGCAAAGGUAAUAAAAAGCCCUCAUUAAACUCCAGUGCCUUAAAUGAUGCAGGGUUCAGUGCCGGGAGGGACAGGUUCCUCUGCCCAGGGGGCCACUCGCCAAUGGGCUGGGCACUCUGCCAAGUUGGUUACGGGGUGCGUAUCAGGUGUGUCUUUGUAGCUGCCCGGUCUUCGGAAACUUUCCCCACCGUCAUUAAAAGCAGCUCAGAGCUGUGUCCGCGCACAUGAGCUGUGGGGGUGAACAGGGAUGAUCGCGCUGACUUGGCAGACGAAGGAAAUGGAAGGGCCUGCACCGGUUGGCGGGUCAGUUUGCCCCAGUGGAACGUGUCCUCCCAGGGAAGGCUACUACGCCCCUGAGCCCCCUUUGCUUGUCUGCAGCCAGAAGUGCUGCUGUCCAGGCACCACCGAAGACAGGCUGGCAGCACUAACGCUGCUGGUGUACUGCUUACCUCGGUGACGAGAGGGUUUUUCAUAUUGUCCCUUCAGCACACGGUCUCAGUGAGCAAACUGGGCUGGCUCUCCCAUCAACACCAUGCUGUUAACCAAGUUCCAGUUCCAGGCUCUCCGGUGCAUCCUUCAGCUCCUCCCCAUGGGGGGCAGGACUUUAGCCUGCAGCGCUGCCUUUGCCAGGGAGGAGAUGCCAGCUUGAAUCCCAGACCCCAUGUUUAGUUUGCAGGGCUGGCAGCUGCAGCAGGGUUGGGAAGUGGGCAGAUUUGAUUGGAAAAUGUGUUGAGAUUCUAAGUGUGACACCAGGACCAAGUCACAUCUCUGAGGUUUGGAGGCGUGUGGUUGAUUUUUUUUUUUUUUUUAAAACAUUUCCAAUACUGCCUUAGCAGGAGAGGGUUCCCUGGAGGCCGUGCACCUGCUGCUUCCAUGGUGUUCAGAAGUGUUUGUGGGUGCACAGGGGUUGAUGACAAUGAGGCCCGUGCUGGUCUGUGCACUCGCAGUGAGGGGCCCAGUGACGGUACGUUCCUGUUACACAUCUCCUCUGAGACACUCCAGGCAAACUCUCCCACAGCAAGGCUGUGACACGCCUCGGGCAGGGCUAGAAACCAGCCCCUGCAGGUCCCUGUGCUCCAGCCAUUGCACGGCACUGCUCAUCGUGAGCAUCACCAUGCAACUUUUAGAUUGGGGAAAGGAAGGAAACCAUUCGAAGAUUGUUUCCCUGGGGCAGGGUUUAGAUUAGAAACAGCUGAUGAGAUUGAGGGACUGUUGGUGGAAGAACUAGUGGCAGACAUUAAGGAGUCACUUCCCCCUCCACCUUCAUGCAAGCCUAGCACAAAGGCUCUCGGCAUGGGGGUUUUCACUUGCUCAUUUUUCCAACUGCCUAAAAGUUAAACUGGAGGACAGCCCCCCCCCCCCCCCCAGCUGCCAUUGGAUUGGACUGAGAGGAUAAAAACCCAGCCAAAACCUACCUUGUGCUGUUUUGUCAAAAUUUAAAAUGACAUUUGAUUUUUGGCUGGGAAAUGUCUGCUUUUUUUUUUUUAAUAACUAAACCCUAUUUUUGGCAAGAAACUUUUACAGUAAUACAUUCUUGACAAGCUCUACACCCACUCCUCAUUCAUCUGCUGCCUAGCCAGAACCAGAGCCUCGUAACCUCACUAUGGGGUGCGCUCCCUCCCCUCACUCCUCUGUGCCAAAGUCUUUGUUGCAGUAGCUGUGGUGGGUGAAGCAAAACAUGCUCCAGCUCCUGACCCCGAGGGGCAGUCGGUUUAAUGCAAAAGAACUGCUGGAGCCCCCAGGAGCAUAGACAGAGAGUGACUGCAAGGUGAAAGAUCUGUUCCAGCAGCGGCUAGCAGGUAGGCACGGAGCAGACAUUCUAAGGGGGAAAGCAAGGACCCUUUGUGAUUUUUUUUUAUUUAAACUGAUUGCUGGAAAGCAUUUAUUGUGAUGGGAUGAAUAAUGACAAUUGUUUUUUACAAGAUAAAGAAGCUAAUGUACCACCAAGCUAUUUUUUAUAAGAAAAACGGUAGCACAUGCAAACAAAAAGAGAGAGCAAGAGCGCAAAGUACCAUGUGUGAUUGUUGUUCACAACUGUACAAGUUACAGGAGGUCACCUCAGGAGUUACCGUCGUCUUCACAGUAUUAAAAACUCUCCCUUCUGGUUUGCCUGACCUCCCUACCUCCUAUGGGCACGCACAGGUACCUGUCUCAUAGGCCUUAGCAGGCCAGAAUGUGCAACUACAUCCACCUCUGUAACAAGGCUUUAAAAGAAAAUAACCCCUCCACAACCAAAAAAACAGUAUCAAUGAGUCUGCUGUACACACGCAAGGGUUGGGGGGCCCCUCCCCACCACUGUUUUUCUUCAAAAGAAAGUCCCUUCCCCCACUCCCCCAAAAGUCCUGGAGGUGCUGGGGCCAAGGAGAUGCUGCUAUAGUCUGUGUCUCUGUGUGCAGUGAAAGCACCGUGGCACUUGGGGGGCAGCCCCCUCUGCCCCAGGGAGAGCGCCAAAGGCCCUUUGCCGUACCAUCCGCACUGAAGUAAACAUGGACCAGAACUUGCCUUUUGUCUGUCUUUGGUAUUGUUUUAAAAGUUGCUAGAGAUGCAUAGACACCUGAACAAGGAGCUGAGUACAGUUUUGGGGGUUGGUUUGCUCACAGUUCAGGGCUCUCUGCCUUGGUGGGCAGGGUCACCCCCAGCAGUUCUCUAAAGCUGUGUCCCCUCGAAGGCAAACAGAUGAGUGUUCCCAUCUCUGCCCGCUGCUCUCCCUUGGGUUUGGACAAGCAGGAAAGAGGGAGCACGGCCAGAUUUCUCUCAACCCAUUUUUUUCCCCUCUUGAAUUGCUUUCAAUAAAUCUUUGGAUUUUUUUUUCCCUU